AAGGUUCGGUUCACAGCGUCAACAUGACCCGAACAUCAUCACCAUCAUCCGGUACCGCCGUGGCGGAACGGGCCCGCGGGGCUCGUGGCGGCGCUUUUACGCAGCAGACCACAUAGUGACCACAUUGUUGUGCAGGGAGGCUGACAUGGACAAAAGAAGGCUGGGGGUGUGAAGAAAGAAGAAGAGGGGGUGGGGGGGGGGGGGACAAUGAAACUGUAAGAAUUCAACACUAGGAGUGAAAGUCCGGCAGAUCUUCAAGUUUGGACCGAGCCAAGUCCCAGAGAAAAAAAACCCUCCUCCUCCUCCUCCUCAGACCUCCUCCUCCUCCUGGGCUGCUUCUUGAAUCCUAAAGCAUCUUCACAGACUCGCACAGCGAGUCUGUGAGCAGGUGAGAGAGGGACACUGUCUGCCCCACUGUCCAGCGACACCAUGAGCUGGAGCUUCCUCACGCGGCUGCUGGAGGAGAUCCACAACCACUCCACCUUCGUGGGGAAGCUGUGGCUCACCGUGCUCAUCGUCUUCCGCAUCGUCCUCACGGCCGUCGGGGGAGAGUCAAUCUACUACGACGAGCAGAGCAAGUUUGUCUGCAACUCGGGGCAACCGGGCUGCGAGAACGUCUGCUACGACGCCUUCGCCCCGCUUUCGCACGUCCGCUUCUGGGUUUUCCAGAUCAUUCUGGUGGCCAUGCCGUCCCUCAUGUACAUGGGCUACGCAGUCAACAAGAUUGCACGGCUGGAUGAAGCCAAGGGAGGAGCCGGUGCCGCCGCGGUAAGAACCACCGGAGGAGGGGGCUACAUGCACAGGAAGCCCAGGAAAAUCUGCUUCGGGGCGCGGCAGCACCGGGGCAUCGAAGAGACCGAGGAGGAUCGCGAGGACGAUCCCAUGAUCUACGAGGUCCCGGAGAUCGAGCCUCCCAAAAGGCCUCGCGAUCCGCUGCAGCCCGCGCCCAGACCCAAGAUCCGGCACGACGGUCGCACGCGCAUCCGAGACGAGGGGCUGAUGCGAGUCUACGUUCUGCAGCUGGUGAGCCGCACGGUUCUGGAGGCGGGCUUCCUCACGGGUCAGUACUUGCUGUAUGGCUUCCGCGUGAUGCCAGUCUUUGUGUGUUCGGGGAAGCCUUGCCCCCACAGCGUGGAUUGCUUCGUGUCACGGCCCACGGAGAAAACCAUCUUCCUGCGCAUCAUGUACGGAGUCACUGUCCUCUGCCUGACGCUCAACGUUUGGGAGAUGCUCCACUUGGGCGUGGGCACCAUCUGCGACAUUCUCCGCCGUCGUCGCUGCCCGCCUCCGGACGACGAGUACCAGCUAGGCUUGCUGGGCACCAACGUUGGCGGCGAGGGCUCGGUCGGGGGAGCGGGACCGGAGGCGGGUUCCGAAGGCGACGUGGGCGGCGACGGGCCCGCUGACUACGUUGGCUACCCUUUCUCCUGGAACACCCCGUCCGCGCCGCCCGGCUAUAACAUCGUGGUGAAACCGGAGCAGAUGCCCUACACCGACCUGAGCAACGCCAAGAUGGCGUGCAAGCAGAACCGGGCCAACAUCGCCCAGGAGGAGCAGCAGCAGUUCGGCAGCAACGAAGACAACUUCCCCACCGGAGGCGAGGCCCGCGUGGCCCUCAACAAGGACAUGAUUCAGCAGGCCCACGAACAGCUGGAGGCCGCCAUUCAGGCUUACAGCCAGCAACACCGCGCCGAGGAGCAGCUCGGAGACAGCCAGGACGACAAGCCCCAGAGCAACAUUAUCCAGACUCAGCCUCGCAAGGAACGCAAGCACAGACUCAAGCACGGCAAGGGGGGCGGAAGCAGCGGCGGGGGCAGCAGCAGCAACAGCAGCAGCAGCAAGUCAGGCGAGGGAAAACCCUCGGUAUGGAUUUAACCCAGAUGAGUAUCCAGUGUACGGACCACACUGAACACCGCCUGUGCCUUAGAGCGGGGAUUCUUCAACCUUUCGGGUCCAGGGAUCUCCCUACAGGGGACACGUUGUUCCAAGAACCCUGGCGGUUUGACUUUUGAUGUGAUAAAGAACAAAGGUGUUUUUCCCAGAUUGAAAGUCAGGAUUUUUUGGAAUUCACUUCUAGGAGUACACAUGGUAGUUACGUUUAAUCGGUGAUAGGAUUAUAAGUGGGUCUUUGGAAAAAAUGUGUUCUCUGUAAGGGGUCCGUGGACCCAAAAGGUUCGAGAAGACCUGCCUUAGAGAAUCCUGCAAGCUGGACAAGACGUUUAUUCUUUGCGAGACGAUGCAGCAGAUGCUUUUGUCUGGGCUAUUGCUGUCAAACGUUGUCACUCCUGUGUCUCACUUCCCUAAAGUUCGUCCUCAUUGUCUGGCUUUUCGAAGGGGAAAUUGUCCAGUGAGAACACGCGAACCACAUCCCUGAUUUGUUUCGACUUACAAUUGAAGCAAUGACGCCAAGUUAAAAAUGCAAUAAAACCAAGGCCGGUGACUUUUCCCUGUGAAGUCAGAGGAUCAGUGUCCCGUCUCCCCUCCGUAUGUAUUUAACGGUGUUCUUGUCUCAUGUGUGUGUGUUUGUCUAUUGAGUGCUACCUUUUUUUCCCUUCCACCUCAUAUGUCCUCGAACAACAUGGUGCAUACUUUUCCGUACUUUUCUGUUCUCUCACGCCUGGCAGCUGACUGCCCCCUGUUGAAGGCUGUGCUUAUUGCAAUGCCAGGUUGCCAAUGCUUCCUCUUGCAUCCAGCAGCAGCUGAGAUGGAUCUGAAGUCUUCCCGCUGGUCCGAGCUCAUGUGAAACUCUGAGGGGUUAAAGCCAUUAAAAAAAAAAAAAAAAAAAGCCUACAAUGAGACCAAACACUGUUUUGUGUGAACUGUCAGUGCCAAGAUUUCAUGCGUCGGAAUGCCGUGGCCACGCUGACCCCAAACGCCUGCGUUGAGACGAACCCUUUUGUAAAAGUCACCUGUCUUUCUUUUUCUACAAUGUUUGUGUUGGGAUUUAAAUCGACAGCAGCAACAAAAAGCAGGGGUCUGUUUUUAUACAGAAAUAUGACUUCUUCUUUUUUCCCCCAGCCCCCUUUUUGUAUAAUAACACACACACACACAAAAAGGAGCAGAACCCGUUUUAAAUUGGAAUUAACUGUGUGGGUAUUUAUGGUCGUUUUGUUUUUAAUUACCUUCCAAUUAUUAAAAAAAAACGUGAAAUUGUCUAUUUUUAUAAAAAUGUAGAGAGAGAAAACGGAAUUUAUCAACUAUCUGGGGUUACGCCGAAGGCCCUGUUGAACAUUUUAGCGAGGGGUAGGGUAAAAAAGAAAAUAAAUAAAUCACUGGAUGAGUCCCACCCGAGUUCCACAUGGCGUCAGAAUGACCCCAAACGAGCUCGUGUUUGCGUAGCUGAAACGCCUGGGUGAAUGUUAGACAGUGCAUAAAAGGCUACACCCGCUGACGUAGAUGGCGCCACUCAAGUUUGGCUUUGAAUAGAACAAAGCUAAAGGCGAGAAUGCAGAAUGGCGGGUGAUGAUUUACAUCCAAAGAAAGUGCAUUCAAAUCCCUUCCCACCUAAAAACUUACAGGUGAGCUGCCUUUUUUAGGGGGGGCCUCGACAUGCCUGAAAACUCGCCAAUAUUUUGCAAGCGUGUUUAUCUGGGUGGAAAUGUAUUUUACAGCUCUCCAAACUCAUCCAGUAGCGCCCCGUGGAAAAUUUGAAAAAAAAAAAAAAUGCCCAAGAUACAAGUUUCACCAAAUGACACUUAAUUGGGUGAACAUGUCUGUCAUAACAGGACACAUGAAAACAAAAAAAAAAUCUUAAAGACCCUGUAAAGUGAAUUUGUUUCUAAAUACAUUAUACAUCAUUGAUGUUAAUUUUAUGUCGUAUGUACUACUUAAUUGUGGAGAAAUAGUGUUAAACUGUUUUCACCAUUUCAGUUUUCCUUAUUUUUUUUUUAUUUUUUUUGGGGUGGGGGGGGGCAUGGCUAAAACUGCGCUGCAUGACACAUGUUGGAGUCUGGCAUGAGUUGCCUCUCCCCGACGAACUUGAGCGCCUUCAUUCACAUCAGCGUGCAGUUAGCUCGCUAGCUAUGCCCUAACCCCCAAAAUGGGGGUUAGGGCAUAGCUUUCAGAUAGUCAGCUGGCGUGGCCAAGUGUAGUUUAGAGAGUAGUGGUAUUUGAUUGACAGUUGACAGCUAAGCAGGGUGUUGUUUUGCUGUAUUAAGUGGACACGCUCACAGCUGUACUUUUCGACGAUUUGGAAGCCUCCUUUUAUAUAUUGAUGUUGAUUUUUUGAAUCAUACAAAUUGGGCAGGGUUGUUAUGCACACUCUUCUCUGUAGUGUGAAAUUUAGAAAACAGUUAUAUUCACUUUACAGGGACUUCAGUGACCUGUGAACAAAACUGAACGGGAAGUGACCCAUUUUGGUUUGAAGCGGCCAUUUAGGGCUAAUUCCAGGGCUUGCACUUUGGCACCUAUGCUGUGUAAUGUGGGCGUGAAAUGACCGUAUUUUAGGGUCAUUUUGAGGAUUCGCCAUGAAAAGGGUCCUGUUGGAAUCGUUAGGAUUCGUCUUUCGGUGCUUUAAUAAAUUGCUUUUUGGCGAGCCGCAAUGUACAAAGUCACCCAUUCAAUGUAUUUUAGAGCUCAGAAACACUAUCGGUCCCAACUCACACAGUAGCGACCCCUGGAAAGUUUUUUGGGGGGGGGGGGAAAAUCAGCUCCCAGCACCAGAUUCAGCAAACAACCGAAAUAUGUGGGCAUGUUUAAGCACCCAUGCCAAAAAAAAUGUACAGGAAGUUGAUCACGUUUGACUGAAGCAGCCAUUUCCUGCAGAUUAUUGUGCCUACGAUGGAAGUUUUACAAUUUGACACACAAUGGGGUGGAGAUAUCUACCAAAACAGGACACGUGAAAAAGUCUCAAGGACCCAUGCACAAAAUUAAACAGGAACCUGCCAUUUUCAGUUGAAGCAGCCAUCCAGUCACCAAAAUCAAGGAGACCUACUCUGGCAUUUGCUAAAAUGACUUCCAAAUGGAAACAUGUCUCCUAGACAGAUGGACAAUGCCAAAUUGCAAAACCUACACUGCCUAUUGUUGGUUGGAAAAUGGUGUCAGAAUUUGAUGGUCAUUUCGAGGGGGCGCGCAAGCCCGCUCAUCGCUGUUUGCGCCCUGAAAACAAAAACAGAAAAAUGGCAAAGUUGGCCAAAUGGCCAUUACUAAAGUUGGCCAAAUGGCCAUUACUUUUCCAGUUUCGUACUACAACCCGUGAGAACAAGCUCAAUAUUUACACAGUAAUCAACAUCAAGAUGCAUGCUUUCCCAUGCUGAUGCUGACUUUUAUGAUUGAGUUCCAUACACUCAAGUAUGUGAUAUUUCAGGUCCCGCACCUGUUGUGCUUCUGCAACGACAAUUGUAGACAAGACAAAAUAUCACAAGAGGCGGCAAACAAUAAGCUACCAUGCUUAUCUUGUGUAUCUUACAUGGACACACUCGAGUCUUUGGUGGGGAUGUUUGUCACAAAGGCAGCUGUCUGUCAAACAAUGUGUGCUGUUGUGUGGCCAGGCUGCUUUCUUUCCCUUUCUUUGACAAUAAAAUAAAACAAUAUGAUGGUUUUGUCAUCGCUACAAAUGUGUGUGUGUUUUUCCUAUGCCUUUGGAAAAUACAUGUAAAUCAAUUUACUUGCAAAGUUUUUUUUUUCUACAUUCUGUAAUGGGUACGUUUAACAUGCAUGUUAAAAGACCUAUUUUCAUAAGAAAAUAAUAAAUGGAAAGUG